GGACUCAUGAGGGCAUGACAAAAGGAUCAGCCAUGGAUUUUACAAAACCCACACUGAACAAAGAGAAAAAGAAGCGACUAAAACCAAGGUGUGAUACUUAUGACCCCAGAACUUCAUAUGAUAUGAAUGUAAAUUUGGCUGAGAAUUUUAGAAAGCUUGUUGCUGAAACUGUUCCUUCAGCUGUAUUACUGCAUCUGUUACCUGACCCAGACACAUGUAAUGGUCAACAUCCUCAACUUGAUUCAGAAAAUGUAAAUGACAUAAGAGAGGAAAAUUCAAUUGUUACUACAUUUACAUUAGAUUCUUUAUCACCAAUGAAACCUUUGCCACCCAGUCUGGAUGAGAUUAAAGAAAGGGGCAAGGCAAUAAAAAGAAAACUUCAGUUUACAGAUGAUGAAAUUGAUGCAGUGGAAAAAAAGACAAAACUGCAGAGUGAUGCCAUUGACUGGUUUCAGUACAGAACAGGAAGAAUCACCGCUUCUCAUUGUAAACGUAUUGCAAGCUUGAAAUUAACCACAUCUCCAACUAAAGCUUUAAAGGAAGUUUUGAGUUACAACCAAGUGCCUUUAACAGCUGCCAUGAAGGAGGGCUUGGCAAAGGAGGAUGAAAUUGAACAGGCACUAAUAAAAUACAUGAAACAGAAUGGACAUUCUGAUAUAAAAGUCGAAAAGUGUGGAUUUGUCAUUAGCAAGACCCAUGGACAUAUUGGUGCCUCUCCAGAUAGAAUAAUAUAUGAUCAGUCUGAGUCUAGCCCAGGUGUGGUUGAGAUGAAAUUUCUUCAGGUGAAGUCAGGGGAAACCCUUGAAGAUAUUUUACUGAAACAGCAUAUUUGUAUAAAAAGAAGCAAUGGUAUAGCCCUUAAUAGAAAUCAUAAAUACUUUUAUCAACUACAUCAACAAAUGUUUGCAACAACGUAUCCCUGGGGCAUAUUUGUUGCUUGUGGCAGGGAUGGUGGUAUUUAUGUUGAGAAAGUGUUGUUUGAUCAAGAGUUUUGGUCUCCAGUGCUAGUUAAGCUGGAUUCAUUUUUUGACUCGGUCAUUUUACCAGAACUAGCUUUUCCAAAGGUUAAAUAUGGUCAGAACCGUACAGUGUUAUAUAGUACAGAUAAAUAAAUAUACAUAUAAUGUAGAAACUCAACUUCCAAAUAUGAA